AUGCUGCCGUCAGCCGCCGCGCUGUGGCUGCUGGUGUCCGCAUGCGGCGCCGUGCCGCCCAUCAUGCUGCGCAGCCAGUAUUCGGCGCUCGGAGGCCACAACUCCCCUCCUAUCAGCUCUGCGCCGUACACGCCGUCGCUUCGGGGGCGCAGUAACCGAGUCGGAAGCCCCGUGGUGGGCAGCUUGCCGGCCGAUAUCUCGCAAUUCCCGUGGCAGGUGUCGCUGGAGGCGCUGGGCCGGCACGUGUGCGGCGGCUCCGUCAUCAGCGAGACCUGGCUGCUGACGGCCGCGCAUUGCUUCUCCCUGACUCAAAACAGAGGCCUGUCCGUCAGGGCCGGCACCUCCUCACGCGGCAGCGGAGGCACGCAGUUCAACGUGGUUCGCAAGGUCCGCCACGAGAAGCACGGCCUCACCGCGGAUUACGACAUCGCUGUCGUCUCCAUCUUGGGCUCAUUCUUUGCUGACCAUAAAGUGAAGGUAAUGUUAGCCUCAGUCGUUAAGUUUUAA